CGACCCUCGCGUAUUUCACCAAGACUCACGCUUAAAAUGCGAUGAAUCUUCGACUCACCGCGAGAAAUCAGAAUUAGAUCAAGAUGAAUUUCGCUCCGUUCACGGGUCACAUUCCGACGGCGGCGGCGAUCCCGAGUAUCCACCAGUUCGCCGCGAAGUUUGGUUAUGAGGGGGGCGGGAACAACACGGGGGUGGUCCAGGAGACCAGGUACCAGGGGGGUGGAGGGGUCCAGUUUGCGGUGGCGCCGGGGGGCACGGUGGUGGACGGGGUCAAGUUCAGGCAGCCCGAGAGCGUGGUCGUGGUGAGCAGCGCGCAGCCCACAGCUGUGCUGACCGCCAUGCCGACUAUACAUACAGUGAACACGGGCGUGAAAUACCAGACGAUCUCGGCGUCGUCGUCGGUCAACCUGGGCAACAUCACGUACGGCGGGCAGACCAGCUACGUGCAAGCCGAAGUACAGCAACUGAAGGCCGAGCAGCGGGAUAAGCGGGAGUACCGCGAGGAUAUCACACACGACAUCAUGGCCACCAUGAUGCAGCAGCAGGGAGACACUUUUGUGACGCAAGCGCCGCUGCAGCAAGGGCAGCAGCUGCUGGUGGUGCUACACGAGCCGAAGGAGGCGGCGGCGCUCGCGCGCGCCAUCAAGCAGGAGACCCGCGCCGACCGCUCCGCCGCCGCCGCUCCCGCUGAGUUUAUUAGCAUUGGCGACGUCUCCGACAGUUCAACAUGGCAGACCCUAGGCGGGGGUGUGGCGGACUACCUUUCCGCCUUACCUCUGCCGCUACACCACUUACUCAAAUACUCCACGCCGGCCAACGAGUGCAAGCGGGAAGAGCAACCCACCAUCGUGACAGUUACUAAUGCCCUGCCUUCCAUAUCAACUAUUGCUACGUACGCCAAGCUGCCGUCGGCGGCCGCCGACAAGCGGCAGGAGCAUCACAACGUGGUCACCGUCACCAACGCGCUGCCUCCCAUAUCCACCAUCGCCACGCAACUGCCCUCGCACUCUGUAAGCAGCGUCGUGGUACAGACAGCUCCAGUAGUCACUCAGGUGCUGGCCGCCCCAACCUCCCCCACACCAGCCAAGAAAAAGAAAAAGAAGAAAUCGGCUAAGGAAAAGCAGCCCAGACCGAAGCCAGGGGAGAUCAGGAUCACUACUGCUUUGGUUUCGCUUGCAGAUGGAAGCACCCUGUACUGCUGUCCCGAGUGCCAGAUGGCGUAUCCCGAGCGAGAAUUGCUCGAGCAGCAUUUACUUGGACACACUAUGGAGAGGAGGUUCAUCUGUGACAUCUGCAACGCGGCGCUGAAGCGCAAGGACCACCUGACGCGGCACAAGCAGUCGCACAACCCGGAGCGGCCGCACGUGUGCUCCGUCUGCCUCAAGGCCUUCAAGCGCAAGGAGCAGCUCACGCUGCACUUCGUCAUCCACUCGGGCGAGAAGAGGCAUGUCUGCAACGAGUGCGGGAAAGGUUUCUAUCGCAAGGAUCAUCUACGCAAGCACACUCGCUCGCACAUCGCGCGGCGCGUGAAGGCAGAGUUGUCUGCAGGCGCUAAUUCAGACACCACGACGACCCUGGAUGCGUCAGACACCGCGUCGGCGCCGUCCUGACCAGACUCGCCCGACUGCGACCGCCCGGACCUGAUGUCGCUCAUACAAGCCGCCAAGGACGGCUUCUGAUCACCAGAGCAUGCCCCAACCGUCUGCAGCUACAAAUGAUGUUACUCACGCAUAAACAGACCCAUGGUUCGUGUAUGAAUAUCUUUAACGCUAUGACACAAUAAUGAAUGAUAGUUUAUAGAAUACGUUUGUUUCAAGUGAGAGAUGAGCCAUUGCUAAACUAUAAUAUUUAUUAAGGUCUUAACAAAAUGUGACAGAACAUUAAUUCAUUAAUGUUAUUGAGUGAUAAAAGCAUUUAAGAAUCAAAAGAUAGGGCUUCUAAAAAUUAAAAAUGAGGUAAUGUCUCUCUUCCACUAUCAGUUUCUUUGUAAAUAAUUAUAUUACUAUCGAAUAAGAAGUAAAACUACAAUCUGUAGAUACUUCGCUCCGUCUUCGACAUUUGUUUUAAUUAAAUUAUUACAUAAAUUAGGAAAUUCUAAAGUGAUACUUUAAAACUAUUUGAUAAAGCAAACAUAUUGUGAUAGCUGUGAUUAUUCUGUUGAUUUUAUAUUUUUUAUUGUUAUCGAAAAUUUUAUGGAAUAAAUAUUUUUUAUAUUUACUUGUUGGCGACCUCUGAGGGCCUGUUUCGGAUCGUUUUUGGAUUAUUUAUAAUUGUUAAAUUGUUUAUGUUUAGAAAGGCGUAUAUUUUCUUCCAAACUUGAGUUCACAGUGACCAUAAAAAUGUGUAAUUAUUAUAUUGAUUAUAGUACUACAGAUAUAACAUUGUAUAGUUACCUAAAUCCUUUAAAAUUGUAAAAUACGUUAUAAAAACUACGAGCAGCUUUAGAUGAAAAUCAUAUUUUUAUAGAACGGUCAGAACUUUUUAGGUAGGCGUUCCAAAGUGAAAACUUGAUAUGGAAAGUACAAAAAAAUAAAUAAAUGUACCUACUUAAGAAUUUAAAGUGUAUGUAGAUCUAAGUCGCAGUUUAACAUAAAAGCAAUAUUUCUUCCAUCUACAAUUCUUAAAAUAAUAUUGAAAGUAAUAGGUAAACACAUAAACAUAAAUUCUCAAAUAUGACUGUGUACAUGAAAUAGAAUCUUGGUCAAGGAUAAUGUUAAUUUAAUAGUAGAUUAAAACUUAGGUAACUAUUUAACUCUUUCAGACAAUGAUUUACUUCGUAAAAUAACAA